AUGGCCGAUAAUGAGGAUCUUUUAGAUUACGAGGAGGAGGAUCAGACCGAGCAGGUAGUGACCGAGGCCACCGAGCAGCCAAAAAAGGAUGUGAAGGGUACCUACGUAUCGAUUCACAGCUCCGGAUUUCGUGAUUUUCUGCUAAAGCCUGAAAUUCUACGUGCUAUUGUUGACUGUGGUUUUGAGCAUCCUUCCGAAGUACAACACGAAUGUAUUCCGCAGGCUGUACUCGGCAUGGACAUUUUGUGUCAGGCCAAAUCGGGUAUGGGAAAGACGGCUGUGUUUGUGCUCGCCACUCUGCAGCAGUUGGAACCGACCGAAAGCGUUCCGUACGUGUUGGUUAUGUGCCACACACGCGAGCUUGCCUUCCAGAUCAGUAAAGAGUACGAACGAUUUUGUAAGUACAUGCCCACCAUCAAGGUGGCCGUGUUUUUCGGCGGGCUACCAAUCCAGAAGGAUGAGGAAGUGUUAAAAACGACUACACCGCACAUCAUCGUCGGAACACCGGGCCGAGUGUUGGCGUUGAUCCGCAACAAGAAGCUGAACCUGAAAAAUCUCAAGCAUUUCAUACUCGACGAAUGUGACAAAAUGCUCGAACAGCUAGAUAUGCGCCGUGAUGUUCAGGAAAUAUUCCGCAAUACACCCCAUGGAAAGCAAGUGAUGAUGUUUUCCGCUACUCUGAGCAAAGAAAUUCGCCCCGUGUGCAAAAAGUUCAUGCAAGAUCCCAUGGAAGUGUACGUCGACGAUGAAACGAAACUUACCCUGCACGGUCUGCAGCAACAUUACGUGAAGUUGAAGGAAACGGAAAAGAACAAAAAAUUGUUCGAAUUACUCGAUGUGCUGGAGUUUAACCAGGUGGUAAUAUUCGUGAAAUCCGUCCAGCGUUGCAUGGCUCUGGCACAGUUGCUGACCGAGCAAAACUUCCCGGCCAUUGGGAUUCACCGCGGAAUGGUGCAGGAAGAACGCUUGUCACGGUAUCAACAGUUCAAGGAUUUCCAGAAACGUAUCCUUGUCGCAACGAAUCUCUUCGGCCGUGGGAUGGAUAUAGAGCGUGUGAACAUCGUUUUUAACUACGAUAUGCCGGAAGAUUCGGAUACCUAUCUGCAUCGAGUGGCUCGGGCCGGUCGUUUCGGUACCAAGGGUUUGGCUAUUACGUUCAUCUCGGACGAGGCGGAUGCUAAGAUUUUGAACGACGUUCAGGAUCGGUUUGAUGUGAACAUCAACGAGCUGCCGGACGAAAUUGAUCUCUCCUCCUACAUCGAAGGACGAUAA